GUUUGCCAAAAAUCACGUGACAGAAGCGAGGAAAUAUGGAGGACACGGUUUGUCGGUCCUUAGUACAUAUUUCUUCGCUAUUUCCCGAGAUUCUGGCGAUGAUAUUUUCUCAUCUGGAUGUGCGGGACAAAGGUAGAGUGGCCCAGGUUUGUGUUGCGUGGAGGGACGCCGCCUACCACCGGAUGGUUUGGCGAAAUGUCGAGGCAAAACUCCAUCUUCGACGGGCGAACCCGUCUUUGUUCCCAAGUCUCGUGAAGCGUGGAAUACGUCGGGUCCAAGUUCUGAGUGUUCGGCGAAGCCUGCGCGACGUCAUGGCCGGAAUCCCCGGCCUGGAGAGCCUGAACCUGAGUGGCUGUUACAACAUCACCGACGUCGGCCUGAGUCAGGCGUUCUCGCAGGAGCUGUCGUCGAUGGUGUUGCUGAACCUCAGUCUGUGCAAACAGGUCACGGACUCGAGUCUGGGACGUAUCACUCAGUACUUAAAAAACUUGGAAGUUCUCGAGUUGGGUGGGUGUUCGAACAUAACCAACACAGGACUGUUGCUCAUAGCCGUCAGCUUAAAGAGACUGAAACGCCUGAACCUACGGAGCUGUCGGCACAUAUCCGACCAAGGCAUAGGCUACUUAGCGGGGAUGUGCCAGCAGGCGGCUACCUGUGGUAACCCAGAACUGGAACAUCUCGGGUUGCAGGACUGUCAGAAACUGACGGAUCAGGCACUAAAACACGUCAGUGUGGGACUUCCCCGACUCCAGACGAUCAAUCUCUCGUUCUGUGGCAGUAUCACAGACACUGGGAUUAAAUUCCUCUCCAAGAUGCACAGUCUGAGGGAGCUGAACCUCCGGAGCUGUGACAACAUCAGCGACAACGGCUUGGGGUUUCUCGCCGAGGGCGGGUCAAGGUUGAGUUCUCUGGACGUGAGUUUCUGUGACAAGGUUGGAGAUCAGGGUCUAGCUUAUCUUUCUCAAGGAUUGUUUAGUCUGAGGAGUCUCAGUCUCGGUUCGUGCAGUGUCAGCGACGACGGCAUCGAUAAAAUUGUGAACUCGUUACAUGAUCUGACGACAUUGAACAUCGGCCAGUGUAGUCGUAUUACAGACAAGAGUCUUAGUUCGAUAGGAGGUAAACUUAAGCAGUUAAAGUCGAUAGAUUUGUAUGGUUGUACUCGCAUAACGACAGUGGGGUUAGAAAAAAUUAUGCAGCUUCCUGGACUGACAACUCUUAACUUGGGACUGUGGCACAAGAGGUAAUAACGAGUGAUCUUUUAAAAAUCUGUGACGGUCAGGUUGUAAAUGUAAGAUAGUGACGUGUGAUGAGGGGGCUUACUGCUGCAUCUAUUGUUAUGAGAGCUAGAUCCAGAAUGCAAGGAAUGUGUGUCUCAAUGGGAAUGACCCCUCUGAUCCUGUUAAUUAAUUUUUGUGAGAAAAAUAGCUCAGAAAAAAACUACAUUCAUUAGGAACUUGUCAAUUUGUAUUUUUAAAAAAAUACAUAAAUGGUCAAACAAAAUAAUAGUUGUGGUUCUGAUUACCCUACUGUCCCAGGAAAAACUGCGAUUCUAUGUUUUAAAAUAAAAUUUUAAAAAUGUGCCUACUGACCAACAAGCAGAAUUUUUGGUUUAACUUUUGCUCUCUUGCUACAUAUACAUACAUGUAAAUGCAUCUUAAUAUAAAAUAUUCAAGUCUUUAAAAAAAGAAAGUUUAUACAAUGCCUACCUACUCUAAAUCAGGGUUUGACAAAUACGCAAGACCGUGCUAUUGGAAUUUUUGUCCUAGGCUUUUAAAAAUUAUAAUCUGUAUUCCUAUAAUGUAUCUAUAGGGUGGUUGCCCAGGGCACGCACAAAAUUCUGGACUGGUGGAAGGGGGACUCGCAGAGUGCUAACAGUCCACUGGUUAGGGGGCGCAAUACUUGCCUUGCCUCGGGGGCUGGCAACCCACGCUAUGCCACUGCACUAGCCAAAGUCUCUGUGGAAAGUGUACCGCCCGUUCCCCCCAUUAGUUAUCGAUCUAAAGAGGGAUUUUUUGAUGGGGUAUAUAUAGAAAAGUGGGGCAUGGGGCCCUAACCCUAACUCUAUCCCUAACCCUAACCCUAAACUAUUAUAAAUGAUGGGGGGAACGGGUGGAGCUCUUGCCGUCUCUGUGAGGGCUAGUGACUUUCUUAAACAUUUGUAAAUUUUUCUGGCAGCCUUAUGUAAUCAGAACCAUGCAUACUAUUCUGUCUGGUCUUAGUGUAUAAGUGUGUCUGGUUCGUGAAUUGGAAGACUGAAUGACAAAAUAACUCUUUAAUAAUAUUAUUGGUGCUAAAGAUAAUAUUUUAGUAACGAAAAAGAAGUGCUAAUUAGAAAUUAUACCCACCUUUUAUUUGCUCAGCAAUACUUUUGUGUUGGUAAAUCUGUUGAUAAUGGUGUAUGUCAGAUUUGCACAGAUAUUUCUGUUACAAAGAAUAUUGAUGAAUAAUAUGAAAAUAUUCAAGAAUAUAUUAUAUAUUAAAACAAUUGACUAUA